AUGGCCGACGAGGAACGGGAGCGGAGAAUGCUGUUCGUGUCCACAGAGACAGUCAGCUUCAACUUCGAAAAGGAGAGUUACGAGUUCAGCCGUUUUCCAUUCCCGUUUUUGAUAUCGGACGUGGUGGUCUUUGAAAAGCCCUGCGUUACGCAGGAAAUCAACCAAUUGUACGUGGUGCGCGGAAAGGGGACAACAUUGCCAUGCGACGUCGAUCUAAUGGUGAAGAUGAUCCCAGUACGCACUGCAAAUAUGUCUGGGUCUGGAAGAAUGGGCUCUUUUCAUGCGUGUUGCGGGUCACACAGAAAGCUGUCUUGCCUGACUCGCAAAAGAUGCUUACUUACUUCUGGCCAUGCUGCUCCCUGAGAGGGGAUGAAUUUCUUCAUGCAGUAUUAUAGGCACUACCAAGACGCGGCAGAGCUUCAACUUGUGAUGCUAAAAUCUGCACCACGUUUACGCACUCUGUGGAGCUUGGAGAAAGCAAAAAGUGCAUCACAAAUCUCGCAAUCUUCCAGACCCAGACAUAUUUGCAUUCGAUAUCCCACGGCGAAGCUGAACAUGAAGGGCGAGCGGACCCGGUUAACGGCCUUACGAGAAUUGUUGAUCUUUGGGCUGUUGGGUCCGAACAACAAGGCUGCGACCAAGGCGGCGCUCGAUGUAUUUGUACUGCUUCGAGCCAUUUGCGCUCUGCAAAUAGACAGACGUUUUUCAUUGCUUCCGUCGUUUAAGUAGGAAUGAUUACUAGACAACAAAGAUGAAAUCCCAAAAACCAAACGAACGACACAGGCCUGCCUGGUUGCACCACUUGCUGCUUACUGUGACAAGUCGCUCAACAUCUACGUCAUAAUGGAGAAAGCCCUAUCGAAAUGAAAUGCGUAGCAAGUAGCACGAGGCUCUGUUUGUAUGUUCUUGCCACACACGAAAGAAAGGGUGGGAGUCCUCGUCUUUCGAUUAUGCAAUAGUUGGAGGAAAGGCCGCAGACUCCCUCAGGGGAUGUGCAUCAUAAGGUGCCCGACCACGACCCACCUGCAGAAGGAUGAUUAUUUGUAUAUUUAUAAUGUAAUUGUCUUGCAGUAGUCGAGUCUUAUGGAUGGAGGUUGCAUGUGGUUGCAGUGUCUGCAGUGGCAUGGGUAGAAAGCACGCAAUGCAGAGCCUGCUGGCUGUUGUGGGCGUUUCGUUUCGAUACACACAGGCGACACUGGGUGAUGCAGAUGCGGAUCACGCAGCUGAAAACGAGGGCGCAAAAGUAGAUGGCGAGAAGAACCAACCGGGGGCGCCGGAUGAGGAGGGGGACACGGAUUCGGAUCCGUCAGAAGGGGAGCGGGAGGCACCCGCGCGGCUGUCCCUGCGGAAACUCGCGACCAUGGUCGACAUCUCUGCGUUCAUCGAAAUGUGGUUGCGAAACCUCCUGUACAUGGGUUAUUCCCUGUCUGUGCGGCACCGCGAUCUCAAGCCGGAUAAUACGGCGAUGUGCGGCAAAAAGAAUGCGACCUUCAAACUGAAGAACGUCUCUGUGCAGGAACUCCUGGAUAAGAAAAUGAUCUACCCCGGAACGAAGUCUUUUACAACUGCGCAACGACAGGAAAAGGGCGUAUACGACGUCAGGUACCCCAUUUGUUCUUUGUUUCGAACUUGAUUUUGCAAAACCCUUUGUGUUUGUUCUGCAUGAUCGUAGGGAGUUGUAGAAAAAAGAUCGCGGACGCGAGCGCUCCUGCUUCUCGUCUUCAACUUCAAGGAAAAUGCAUGGGCGAUCGUUCAGCGCAUUCACGUUCUGUACAGGUUCUACACGGCGCACAACGCCUACAAAUUGCCGCCGGGCCACGUGGUCAACGAGAUCCGCGUCAAGAACGCCGGCCAGGCGGAGCGCGUCGUGAACAUGCAAAACGCGCGCGUUACCGACCAAGUCAACGUGACGUUACAACCCGAAGAGGGCUGCAGUGGGCGCAGCGAGAGUGUGGAAAUCGUGCUCGGGCCGUCCUUAUCAAAUGCAAAUAUCGAUCUGAGUUUGGAAGAGUGCGCCUUUGUGGUGCAUUUUGUCAGAUGAAACACAUGAAUCUGUAAUGCACUGGUUGCAAAAGAACCAAAAGCACUUUCUUCUUUUGCCCAUGCUAAGGGAAGAUUUUUCAUGCCGGGUUGGCAUUGCAAUUGCGAAGGAGCCGCUACAGAACCUGUAGUGAUGACGCCCUGCAAGCAUGAAUCCAGACCUCCUGGGACAAACCAAAGUGGUAUGACAAAGUGAAAUUUCUGGAACAGUUGUCCAGACCCAGACAUGUUUGCACCAUUUGAUAAUUGGUAAAAUUCUUGGAUUUUGGUUCAACGAAAAUUAAGUCCAAGAGGAAGACCAAGAGGAGGGAUAACGCGGGUACGGAGGCGUACAGGUUGACCGACGAAGAUGGUGACCACAGUGACAGCAUUCACACCGCGUUCGUGUUGUUCGAUUUGUUGGGGCAGGACGACACGGCAACCGGGUACAUCUGCGACGAACUGGCCGAUCAGGAAGAGUGGCGUGCAGUCCGGGGGCGGGUCCUGCAAGCACUGCGCAAGUUGGCGGGUGGCGGUACGAUCACCACGCGGAAUACCAAACUCGAGCAGCGGGUCAACCUCCACUACAAGAAGUUCCAGGAGAACUGCGAGAACUACAAGGUUUCCCCGCGCCUGCAGAAGCUGGUGAUGACGCUGCUCUUGCCGGACAUUGACUCGUGCAAGGCCGACAAGGCGUUGGAAAAGAUCCUCUCCGACGACAAGUUCAACGGGAUUACUACGGAACAGCUGGGGAAGCAUUUUGAGAACGCCCCGAUGUUCAGAGACAUCGACUUGGAUUCGGAGGCCCAAUUCCGGAUCACGCUGGGCGGCAUUUUGGCGGGUAUCAACGGCCAGCGACACCCCUACCUCCAGAAGUUUUGUUUCGAAGACGCCCUGCCGAAUGAGGUACCUCAGCAAAUUUUUGAUGGCCAGAGCAGGCACACAACUUUGACCGUGCAGCAUCCGGCAGUUUGAUAUUUGAAUUUGUAGGCCAGGACUCCUUCUUUUGCUUGAGUAUACACAUCACACACAGACACACACACGACCCAAUCAGGUCUAUCUAGAUGCGAAAGCUUUGUGCAAGGUGGGAACCAAGGACGGACGCGCGAGUCCAUCUAAAUCCCGGAAGGACGUGCCGGCGUUGUCGACCCAUGUGCCCUGGAGUGGGAAAGUAAGCAUUGUUUUGGGCUUAAGAGAGUAGAACACUGAUACUCAGGAGUCGUCCACUUUUGCUUUUCAUGCCGUUGGUACUACAGGUGAUGUACACAUUUUUUUGCCGAUUUGCCGCAGUAUAAUUGUGCGCCAUAAACGGGACAUAGCCUCCCGGCCAGGGCGCGGGGGGAGCCUAAUCUCCCGCCUAAAGCUUGAUCUUGAAUUCCACUUUUUUUUCAGAUCCAAGAGGCGGGAUUUUGGAACGCCGAGUUGACCAAAUACUACAAAACCGGCCACCACGAGGAUCUCGCAGUGUCGAACUUCCCGAAGAAAGCGGGAAACAAUGCGCUGCAUGGUUACCAAAAGCUUUCUAUGCUCCUCGAGCAUGUGCACAGCGGUCUUACCAGCUACCUGCCGCACUCGUCGCGCUGA